GCUUUUGUCUUUUCACAUCACAAUAAUAUUCCAUCCGUUUUCCCACUUACAUACACCAAAUGUCCACCACCAUCGCAACUCCGCCACAGCGCCACCAUACUUUCUGGUGCCACGAAUGCGACAUGAGCGUCUUCCUCCUUCACCCACCCCCCAAUAAUCCUCGUUGCCCUCACUGCCAUUCCGAUUUCCUCGAACAUAUGGACUCUAUUACCCCUACCAUUCUUCCCCAAUUUCCAAAUCACCCUAACCCUACCUCUGACAUUGAAACCCCUACCACUUUUACUCCCUCCGACGACAACUUCCUCCUCAAUAGUCCUUAUCUCCACCGUCUAAUUCGCCAUCUCACCACCACUAACGACGCUCCCACCCCCAAUCCUCACAACAAUUCUGCUUCCAGAUCAGCUGUGGCGGCACUUGAACUACUUCAAAUUACCUCUUCUAUGCUUGAGAAUGAUCCGGUUAUUCCUUGUGCAGUUUGCAAAGACCAGUUUUUACUCGACAUGCAAGUUAAAAUGUUGCCUUGCAAACACAUGUAUCAUUCUGAUUGUAUUUUACCAUGGCUAGAAAUGAACAAUUCAUGUCCAGUUUGUAGGUUCCAGUUACCUACGGAGGAAGAUGAGGUUUGCCGUAGACGUCAGAAUUUUGUUGCAGCAAUGAGGUUGGAAGAGUUUCUGGGUGAGCAAGAGGAUUUGUUUGGGUUUAGGCGAACACUUAGACGUGUUGCCAGGAGGCAUCAGCUCGACAGGGAGGAUACAACUAGGGGUGACAGUUUGGAGUUUCUGCUUUCCCCUACUCAGAUUGGCCAGACUGGUCAAGGAGAUGGGGUUGUUGCGAGGGCUAAUAGUGUGGAGACCGUAUCAAGUUGGCCGAAUUGGCCACCCGAAAGUGGUAGUGAAGAUGAAGUAGGUGGGAGUGGUAACACAUUUGGUGGUUAAUGGGAUACGGUUGUCAGGUCUUGAAGUUGGCCUUCUUCUUUAAGCAGUGUUAAGGUACUGUAUAGUUGUUACUACUAAUUAGGACUAUCCAAGAGAAUAAUUUUGACAUAAAUCUUCUGGAGAAUUGUAAAUCAUGAUGCAUAACUACGCUUCUGCCAAUAAUCAAACAAGCAAGUGUUAAAAUCCUGGAACUUUUGUUAUGGCAAUUUCAUGUGUUGCUUGUCAAAAUAGUAGUCUAUUGUGAUACCUGUAAAGCAAUAAUAACAUUCUCAAAUUUUGGUUGAAGCUGGAUAUUGU